AUGUUACUGAGAGUCCGUGGUCCGGAUGGCAUGAGCCGUCUGACCGUCGACCAAAACGACAACUUUGGAGAUCUCGGCCGCCAGCUUCUUCCCAACCUGCCCACCACUGUCGACCCCACGACCAUUACCCUCUCCAACAACCCCAACGGCAACGAUUCCAAGCGCCUGGGGGACAUCGCCAACUUCAAACUCGGACAGAUCGGUCUCAAGCACGGCGAUCUCAUCUUUAUUACAUACAAGCACCAAGAUGCUCUUUCCAAUGGCGACGCUCAUGGAGCCACACCAUCGACUUCAGCCCAGAUCCUCCCUUCUUCCAACCGACUGAAUGGCAAACCCAUCCUGCCAGCCGAGGACGUGCCCAUUGACCCCCUGCCGUCCACGUCGGCGACAGUCGAACGGAUCAGUAAACCCUGGGAGGUGGUAAAGCAGUCGGCGUUGGACGACCGACUGGACAAGAAGAACGGCAAGAUCCCACGAGGUCGCGAUCACAAAAUGUGCAAGCACGGGCCCAAGGGCAUGUGCGACUACUGCAUGCCCCUCGACCCCUUCAACGCCAAGUACCUCGACGAAAAGAAGAUCAAAUACCUGUCCAUCCACUCCUACCUGCGCAAGAACAACGCCGCCACGAACAAGCCCGAACUCGGAAGCUCCUUCAUCCCGCCGCUGCAGGAGCCUUAUUUCCGCGUCAAGCGGGACUACAUUAGAGCAAGAGAAAAGAAAUCCGGCGUGUUGGGAAGGGUGGUGGAGAUAUAA